AUGGUUUACGUACGGCAGGACCAGCUGCCGAACCUCAAGCAGUACAAAUACUCGAGCGUCGACCACUCCAUAACUUCCAAAUACAUCCUCAAGCCCUUCUACACCAAUGUCGUCAUCAAGUGCUUCCCGAUGUCCAUGGCGCCGAACGCCAUCACCCUUACGGGCUUCUCGUUCGUCGUCAUAAACCUGCUUACUCUGCUCUGGUACAACCCAACGCUGGAUCAGGAUUGUCCGACCUGGGUAUACUUCACUUGGGCAGCCGGAUUAUUUCUAUAUCAGACUUUUGACGCAGUAGACGGAACCCAGGCGCGCCGGACACACCAAAGCGGUCCUCUUGGAGAGCUUUUCGACCAUGGUGUCGACGCGCUGAACACUUCGCUUGAGGUCCUCAUCUUCGCCGCUUCGCAGAACAUGGGCAUGGGAUGGAGGACUGUCGCAACCCUUUUCGCAUCUCUCCUCACCUUCUACGUCCAGACCUGGGAUGAGUACCACACCAAGACCCUGACGCUCGGCAUCGUCAACGGGCCCGUCGAGGGCAUCCUGAUCCUGGUGUUCGUGUACGCCGCGACCGGCUUCCUCGGCGGCGCGCACUUCUGGCAGCAGGCGAUGCUGCCGACGCUCGGCGUGCCGCAGCUCUUCCUGCCGGACAUCCUCUACAAGCUCUCCUUCACGGACUGGUACAUGGUGCAGGGGACGUUCGUGCUGGUUCUCAACACGAUCGAGUCCGCGCGCAAUGUGAUCAAGGCGCGGCGCGCGCGCGGCGACCGCAGCCGCUAUGCGCUAGUGGGACUCGUUCCCUUCUUCCUGACAUGGACCUUCAUCGUCGCGUACCUGGCCCUGCAGCCCAACAUCCUGCACUGCCACCUGGUGCCCUUCGCCAUGUUCGCCGGCAUCGUCAACGCCUACUCGGUCGGGCAGAUGAUCACGGCGCACCUGGUCAAGCUCGACUUCCCCUACUACAACGUGCUGGUGCUGCCGCUCGCCUACGGCGUCAUCGACUCCCUCGGCCCCUGGCUGCAGUACGAGUUCGGCCGCUCCUGGCUCGGCUGGCCCUCCGCCCUCGGCGACGGCGUCUACCAGGUCGCCUACAUGUUCCUCAUGCUCGGCGCCGCCAUCGGCGUCUACGGCUCCUUCGUCGUCGACGUCAUCGUCACCAUCUGUGACUACCUCGACAUCUGGUGCCUGACCAUCAAGCACCCGUACGUCGAGCCCGAGCAGGAGCAGGAGCAGCAGAACGGCAAGACGAACGGCGCGGCGCAGGAGAAGAAGUCUCAGUAG